CGGUGAAAACCAUAAACAAAGCAGGAAGGAAGAAAGGGUACAAGAAUAAGCAAAAAUGGCAGACACAAGAGGUGGCAGUAUUGCCUGUAAUGACCGCUGUGGAUGCCCUGUUCCUUGCCCUGGUGGUACAGCAUGCAGGUGCAGAAUAAGCCAAGCGGCAGGUGGGGCGGGAGAUGCACACAGCAAAUGCUCUUGCGGAGAGCACUGCGGAUGCAACCCAUGCACAUGCCCAAAGGGUUUGGAGACAGUAGGAGUUGGCAGGGCUAGUUGCAAGUGCGGCCCUGGUUGCACCUGCGCUACGUGUGCCUCUUAGGUUGCCCUCCUAGCUCCUGCGUGCCGCUUAAGCAGCCUUCCAGGUUGCCUUUACAUUGGCCCAGCUCUGGCCUAGGCCAAUGAAACACUGUAUAUAUUUGCUUACCUAUAGGACUACAUAGGAUGAUGUUCUAUAGUCUCUUGCUAGCAAAUCAAUAAAACUGGGCUUGUAAGGUGAGUGUCUAAAUCAGCCUUUAAAUUUA